AUGGCGCGCGCAGGACACUCAGGCACAGUCGUCGGCUCGGCGAUAGUGGUACGGGAAAAGUACUACUGGCCAGACUUACAACUGAACAUCUGGACGAUAGUUAUGCUGGCAACAGCAGGGCUAAUAUUGGGCGUGAAUGCGCAAUUCAUGGACAUACAGAAUCGAAUGGGUUUGGGAACGCCAUGGAUCAUGCCGUAUGGUGUCACGGUAGGCACUCUCGCUAUCAUUUUCAUCAUUAUCGAAAUCAUCUACAUUGCGCAACGGAAGCUCCUUCCUGGCGUCAUGAUGUUGUUUUCUUUCAUCCUGCUCGUCCUCUUCCUCGCCGGCGUCAUAGGAACUGCGAUACAACUCUUCGCUGGACCCAACAUCAACAAUCAAUGCAAUACCUAUGUGUUCAACAACGAUGCAAGGGGACCCACCAUGGAAACGCUAGCGUUUUUGCAGCAGAGGAAUAUCUGCCAAUGCUGGCAGGCCCAAUUUGCAUUCUGGAUCAUCGGAACGGUGUUUCUCAUCUGGAUGAUGGUCAUGGCCAGCCAAGUCAACUCCAACACCUACGUCAGGUAG